UUCGUUUCUGUGCCCAGAGAGCGGCAUAUAGCCUACAGCACUCAGUGUGUUAUUGAUAAGCUCUUCAUCGAUAAAAGCCUAAUCUGAUAUCUGCUUCUUUCCUGUCCAGAGCUUUUUAUUAACUGCUGAGUCUGAAUAUGGAUGUCAACAUCAGCAACUUUAUGGAGGAGAGAAGGGUGAGAACAGAAGAAGCACCUUACAUGGAAAUGAAGACAAGUUUUGAUAACAAGAACCGAGAGAAGGAAAACCUCAAACCUGAUUACAAAACACAACCUUCACAAGCCAAACAGAUAAAAGAGGAGGGUUUUGGCCUUGGUUUACCUCUGGGAGAGGAAUAUGAACGAAAGAAGCAGAGACUAAAGCAAGAGCUGCGUCUUGAUUACCGGCGCUUUGUGUCUGAAAAAAAGACUCGGAAUAUUGCCGAUCAACUUCCACAGUCUCACAUGCUGUCACUCCCUAUAAGAGAACGGAGAUCAGCGAAGGAAAAGCUGCAAGAUGAGAGGAACAAAGAAUACAAUCUCUUUCUGAGAGGGCAAGAGGGAGCGCAGAAAAUAGGGAUAACUUCAGCUACACCACAGGCCCUGGAGAGAGAUCGUUUUGGCUCUAUCCCCCCGAAAUAUCCUACUGGUUCUCCAGAGGUACAAGGGAGCAGCCUGAACCCAGAGAAGGUGGCAUCUUUAAGGAGGGAUGCCACCACUCUAACUGAGCCCAUUUCGAGGGUACAGAAGGUAUCAAGGCCACGGAGACUCUGGGUAGAGUCACCAGAUCACUGGGGAGGUCCACACGGACACUACAGAGAUCACACCAGCUCUGAGGAGGAGCAGGAGGUGAUAGAGCUUUUGGAGAAGGAGAGGCUCAGACAUAUACAGGAAGAAAGAGACAUGGAUGCAAAGAGAGAAGGCAAACUUGGCAACAGAACACACAGUCUACAUGCGCCAACCCCAGCACAGAGCAGAUCUGUCAAGGAACAGAACAUGGCUGAGUUUGCUACAGGACUCAUAAUUGGUGCUGCUGAAGGGGACGAGGCCUCUCGGAGGAGGAAGGAACUUUAUAGAGAGGAGCUGCUGCAGCAAAUAGCUGAACAACAGAAGAACAAAAGGAAAGAGAAGGAGCUAGAGUUGAGAGUGGCUGCAACAGGCGCUGUAGAUCCAGAAAAACAGCCAGACCGAAUCAAACAGUUUGGUGCCGUGACCCGGCAAUAUGGGGGCAAAAGAAGGGAUGUGCCCUACAGGCCUGGACUGGCUCUGGAGGUCUUGCGGGCUGACUCUGCCAGGCAGCCCAAAAACGAGAAACUUCUACAAGCAUCGGAGGAGAGAGUGCCCCCCGAAAGGCCUCGAGUCGCUUUUCAGGCCCCAUCUUUAAACAACAGUACUGUUUUAGGCCAGCUGGCUAAUGCCUCAGGCCCUGGCCUGGAGGUCGGAGCUGGGCUCGGGGUUAAUGGUGGUGCCGCUGUUACUGAAGGCUAUCACAGAAGCCUCUCAAGCACCCUGGGGGAGAUAGUUGCCCCAAGAAUUACAGAUGUACAUCCUCUGUUGGGUCCCACCCUCACUGACUCUUAUCAAACGCCUCAUGAUAAUGCAUAUUACUACUAUGGAGCCAGAAAUCCUCUGGAUCCUAAUCUGGCCUACUAUGGACCAACAGUUGGUCAGCAGUCACACAUCCCUCCAGGAGCACAUUGGCCCAUCCUGCAGCCUUCCUCUGGAGGCCUCACACAAACGAGCAGUCAGGCUGGUAUUACUCAUUCAGGACCAGCAUUCAUUACACCAGAGAGGCUUCAGCAACCCCAGGGAAGUGCCCUUAUCUACCAGGAAGCUCUUAAGCAGCAGAUUCGUGAGCGACAGGAAAGACGGCAUCGUGAGAAGGUGGAGAAUAAGCUGUAUGAUGCUAAGAUCGAGGUUGAGAUGAAGGCUCACGAGCCCUGGGGAAGAGCUGGAGGAGGAGCCCCUCUCAGGGACGAUCAAGGAAACCUCAUCAGUGAUUUGAAACGAAUGCAUAAAAGAAACAUGGAAGCCUAUGAUUCUGGAGGCAGAGGAGUCCGGAAUCCGAUCGCUUCAAAGCCAGAGCCUGAAGGUUUCCCUUCUAAUCAGCCAUCUAUGCAUGCACGGGGCAACCUUUUCAGUGAACUGCCCACUCCACAGCAGCUACAUGACCAGGAAAUAUACAAGGACUGUUUGAAACAACAGAUCGAGGAAAAGAGGAGAAAAGAGGCAGAAGAGCGGGAGCGGCAGAGACUUGAGGAGGAGAAUGAAGAGAGAAGACUAGUCGAACAGCGAGCUCGGAUCCAGAGGGAGUAUGAGGAAGAGCAGGAGAGGAAACGGCAAAAGGAGAAAGAGCAAAAUGCCAAAAACGAAGAGCUGAUCAGACAAGCUGAAGAGCGCCAAAAAGAAGCCGAGAAAAAGAGAAAAGAAGCAGAGGAGAGAGAGAACGAGACCCUGAGGAAGAGACUUGAGAGAGAGAAGCAGACACAUCUGAAAGAGGUUCACAAGGCACCAUCGCCACCCUUACCAGCCUUGCAGAAGAAACUAUGUCAGCAGAUGCCCAGACCUCCAUCGGUGGAGAGCCACUGCUCUACUGCAACUCUGUCUGUGCGUUCUAUGUCAGUGCCACAUUCACCCCCAGUGCCCACCCGCAAGAACGAGAUCAGGGUGACAGAAGAGAAGCAGACUGUUAUCAGGGAGUUGUCUGCCUUGCGUAGACAGCUGCGAAGUGAACAGAGACGUCUGGAGGGGCAAUUAUUGCAGUCCAGCAGACAUGGCAGUCCCUCUCCUGCUCCAGUCAGGCAAAGAGAGCACCCCCCAGAGGAUGUUUUUGAAAUGGCGAGACUGCUGAAACAGGUCCCCUUCAGGAGGCCGGCUUCCCACACCACUGCAGCAGUAAACAUGCAGAAUCUUCGGGAGUUUAACCAUCUGAAGUACAGAGACGGUGGAUCUCGUGAGGAGGUUCGGCAGGCAUUUCCUGACCCCUCCGUUGAUGAUCACAGUUUAGACAUCCAGCAGCAGGCGCUGCUACGACAACAGCAACGAACCAUCAACAGCCUGAGGGGCAGGGCCACUGAUUACUUUGACCUGGUGUCUUCAGGCCAACAGCAUCAUGAGAUGAGGGGGAGUUCUGUGGAAGAUCCGGGCAGACUCUCGCUGUUAGACUCAGAGAGUGCCUUUAUUGAUCCCAGUGCCGCUUCAUUCCUUUUACGAUCCCAGCAUAACCAGAGAGAUAUACAGGACUCUGCCAGAGUGAGACCAACAGCCAGGAAGGGGGAUAUCUCUAAUGAUGUGAUGUCCAGGUACACACGACCUGACAGUGGAUCGGACAGCAAGUCCCAGCACUCAUUAACCAGCACAGAAAUCGAGAGGCUGAGGGAACGCACAAGAAACAAGAUGACAUCAUUGAAUAACAUGAGAGAACAUGACUGGAGAUCAGGGUAUGCUUCAGGAGGAGGGGAGGAGCUAUGGUCACAGACUCCUCCUCCUGUCCACCGCCCUGUUUCCAUUGACACCAUUGCCACAGAGCCCUGGUUACGUCCUAGCUCCUCGGAUACACUCAAGACAUUCAUGGGCGUUCGCAGGCCAUCUAGCCGGAACCACACAAGCCAGGACUGGGAUGGGCCUUCUACCUACCACGGUUAAUCUUAGUGCUGUUUUCAAGAUUUGAAUUAAGAAUGCCAGUUUCACAGCAUCCCAACUUUCUACAGCUAUUUUAUAAGCAACUCCUUAAAGCAUACUUAAAGGGAUAGAUCACCCAAAAAUGAAAAUUAUUUCUUAAUAU